AUGAGCGACAGUUCUGGCGAUGUCUACUGCUCUAAGGAGGAAACUAGCAAGGUCUUCCAGAGACUGGCUUCCAAGCAAGACAACAGGGUGUGCUUCGACUGCGGUACCAAGAACCCCACGUGGACAUCCGUGCCUUUCGGCGUGAUGCUGUGCAUCCAGUGCUCCGCGGUCCACCGUAACCUGGGCGUGCACAUCACGUUCGUCAAGUCCUCCAACCUCGACAAGUGGACCGUCACCAACCUGCGCCGCUUCAAGGUCGGCGGCAACCACAAGGCCCGCGACUUCUUCAUGAAGAACAACGGCAAGCAGUUCCUCGGCACCAACGUCGACGCCCGCAUGAAGUACACCAGCUCCGUGGCCCGUAACUACAAGGCCCACCUCGACAAGCGCGUGGCCCAGGACGCCGAGCAGCACCCGGGCGAGAUCGUGCUGUCUGCCGAGGACGACGCCGGCGACACCUCCUCGGCGUCCAACUCCGCGCCCUCGUCCAAGAACAACAGCGUGGACGACUUCUUCUCCAGCUGGGAAAAGCCUGCCGCGGCCACUCCUUCGCCCAAGGUCCUCACUCCGUCCAGCACCGGCAACUCCAGAAAUGGCUCCAAGACCUCGAUCCUGUCGGGCAGCAGCUCCAGAAGAAGAACCACGGCCGCUCCCGCUGCCGGCGCCAAGAAGCACUCCAUCCUGUCGUCCAGCCGCAAGACAACCCGGGUUUCGGCCCAGAAGUUGGGCAAGGGCGAGGCCUCGGACCUCUUUGACGACUUCGAGAAAGCCGCGAAGCAGGAGGAGGCCGAGCAGAAGGCCGCGCCCCUGGGCGCUGCCGCGGGCGCCACGCGCGCCGCUGCGAGCGAGAAAACGGUCUACAGCCAGCCCAAGCCUGUCAAGAUGGGCUCCACAUACGACGACCCCGAGAUCUCCGAGUACAACGACGGCAUCGCGUUCGACCAGGUGAAGGCGGGCUCUUCCGCCGCGACCGUCGAGUCCGUGCAGCCGCAGCUGGCCAAGCUGGGCUUCGGGAUGACCAUGAACGACGCCAACACGCUGGCCGCCAAGGCUAAGGAGGCCAAGCGCGCAGCCUCGGGCCCCAAGUACACCGGCCAGGUCGCCGCCCAGUUCGGCGGUCAGAAGGCCAUCUCCUCGGACAUGCUCUUCGGCAGAGGCUCGUACGACGAAGAGGCGUCCAAGGAAGCGAAGGACAAGCUCAAGACCAACUUCAACAACGCGACCUCAAUCUCCUCGUCGUCCUACUUCGGCGAGGAGGACGAGCAAGACGAGUUCGGCCGCCCCGCGGCGCGGUCGCAGACCGGCGGUGCCGGCUUCGUCGAGUUCAACAACGACGCGGACGACGACUUCCAGGUGCUGAGGGACGCGGUCGAGCAGGGCGCGCAGAAGCUGGGCAACUACCUGCGCGACUACCUGAGAAACUGA